AUGUCGGGCCGGACAGCGAUGAUGCACCAAGCGCUAGGCGUGAAGAUGAAUCUCUGCACCGCUGCCUUGGUCGGCCUUCUGGUGGCAGUGUUUUCCCGGAUACCGGUGGCCAUCGCAGGCCCAGACCUGAACCCCGUGGUUUUCCUCGGAUACUUCGUGAAGGCCAUGUCGAGCGAGAUCGGCGAGUCCUUGGGCAUGAGUUACCCUGGCGUGGAUUCCGCCUGUGGGCGCAGACUGGAGGAGGACGCGUCCGACUUUGCUCGGGCGCUGGCCGGCGGCUCCUCGUCGUGCACCUCGGGCAAGCCAACCUUCUGCGGCGGUCACGACGGCAAUACCGCCGAGCAGUGCGACGCGUAUCAACAGCAGCUUGCGACCACCACCAUAUUCGCUGUGGCAGUCUCUUCCAGCCUGCUCGGGCUCGCGUUUUUCCUCAUCGGGCGCUUCAAGCUAGCGCGCUACGCUAGCUUCGUGCCGACGGCGAUUUCGGAGGCGUUCCUGUCCUGUGUCGGGUAUAAGGUGUUUCUCUAUGCGCUAAAGUACAGCAACAACGACCCGACACAGUUCAUCCCCGCGGCAUUUCUUGGUGUGCUGCUAUUUUUCGUGAAGGCUCGUCACUGGGGCAACCCGGCCAUAGUGAUCCCGUUAAUGCUCGUGGUGCCUCUUGGGUUGUUUCACAUGUGCGUGUAUUUCGGAGUGAUCUUCGAUGGCCUCAGCGAUGCCCGUGAGCAGCAGUGGAUGUUCCCACGGAUGGAUAACGUCGAGUUUUGGCUCAUGUGGGCCGAAGGUAUUUACGAUGGCAACGAUGUCAAGCUGCAGUACAUCAAUUGGAAGGCAUGGGCCUCGACUGUCCCCGAUCUCCUGACAAUGCUGGUCGUUGUGUUGAUGGACUCAAUGCUCAAGGUCAAGAACACCGAGAACAAGAUGCCCAUCGUGCCGCAAGCAGACUACGAGGUGCAGCUCUUUGGAGGCUGCAACGCCCUGAUGGCCGCCUGCGGCGCCCCAGUGGGCUACAUGCAGCUCAAGUUCAAUGUGAUCAACUUUGGCAUCAUAGGGAAUACCAAGGACCGCCGCUCUGGAGUCGUGUAUGCCGUGCUGUGCGCCGUUACCUUCUUCUGGACCAUCGAGCCGUUCAACUACAUGCCGCGUUGGUUCCUGAGCACGCUGCUGUUCUUUGCUGGCGCCGGCUUCGUGGCGGAAAAUUUAUGGGGAUCCCGAAAGUUCUUGUCCCACGCCGAGUGGCUCGAGAUCCUGUUCAUCGUAGUUGUCUUCAUCGCCACCGACGCGCUUAUCUACGCUGUCGUUGCUGGCUGCUUCAUCACAGCCGUAUCAUUCAUAUCAAAGUACGCGAGGGUGCCGUGCAUCGCAGGACCGCCCGCUAGCGGAGGCGAGAUCGUAUCGUACGAGCGCAGAGGUCCCCUUGUGCAGCGUGCAAUACAGCACAUUGCAGACAGCUGGUUCAUGGUGGUUCGCCUGAAGGGCUUCGUCUUCUUCGCCUCGGCCAAAUCAGUUGUUGCCGAGGUGAUGGCCAGGCUCGACACGCAUAGAGAGUUCAUCGCCACCAUCGACCGCACCUCUGGUGCGAGCUUGAUGUUGGCCAACGCCGACGGCGCGCUCGUCGUUGAGGACGCCGAUCAGCCCAGCGUCGUGGAGUGGAACAGGAAAAACCUUCAGGCUCAGAUCCUGCCUGGUGACCGCGUCGAGGAGGUGAACGGCCUGUCGGGGGAUGCUCCGGCGAUGCUGGAACAGUGCGAGACAGCCUCCCUGUUGCGCAUCAGGGUUUGCCGGCCCGCUCUGCCUGGCUACAGGCGCAUGCGCUGGGUCGUGUUCGACUGCGAGAGACUCGACGGAAUGGACGCCUCCGCUUCUGCAGUGUUCCGGAAGCUCGUUGUGGACGCGCAAUCAUUGGGCGCCACAUGCCUUUGGACGAAGGUGGGCGACGCCACGAAGUCCGCGCUGGGUUUCCGAGGAAUCUUGGCAGACCAUAAGAACCUGUUCAGUGGGCUGGACCAUGCGGUGCACUACAUAGAGAAGUGCAUCUUGCAGUACCGCCAGGAGCAGCUCGACACAUGGCUGCGCGUGCAUCCGGGCCUGGCUCUCAGCUACGAACACACCUGCACGCUGGACAGCUUCGAACCUUUCCGCCAAGUCUUCGAGACCGAUGCAGAGCGCGAGGGUUUCCCAUGGAGGUAUUGUAGCAAAAUCUCGAUUGAGCGCUUUAAGACAGUGCUCUGGGAGCCUGGCAUCGAAGACGCGUGCCUCUUCUUAGUUCACUCUGGCAAGGUCGCCGUCUACCGCGAUCUUCCGGACGGGAACGAGGGCAUCAGUGGCGAUCCUGUGAUGCCCACGGCGGUGUACGGGCACGGGUGGUUCCUGAACCGCGAGUUCUUGACGCACGCCCCGCCGCGCAUGCACGCGGUCGCCAUCGAGGACGGCGAGGCGUUGUGUUGGUCCCAGGCUGAGUGGGUCAAGAUGUCCCGCGAGAGGCCGCUGAUGGCCGCUGCGAUCGUGAAGGCGGCCAUGCGGCAGCAGAGCCGCGACCUCGACUACUCCUCGCACGCCGCCAGCUUCGUGCUCGCGGACGGGCGGCUCGCGCCCCCGGCCGUGGACGGCGCCGCCCUGGGGACGCAGUCGAUAAGGCCGCUUCCGUCCCAGGCCUCGACAGGCCGCCACGGGGGCCACCGGAGACCCGCGCCGCACUUGCCGCACGAGCUCCGCCUGCACCUGGACCGCCUCUCGACCGCGCGCGCGCUGGACCACCUCGGUUUGUUCGCCGGGCCCGCCGCGGGCGAGCAGAGCGCGCCGCUGCCCAAGCUGCCGGACAACCUGCGACAUCGUCUCGGCGUUCGACACCUUCUGCGAGCGUGCGGCCGACGGGUCGAAGCAGCUGGCCGCUGGCGACAUCGGCCGCGCGCUUAUGCUCGCCGGCAUCUUCGGCACCGCACUGGACUUGGAGGAGGCCCGUCCGCUGACGCGGACAGAGUUUGUGGCGUUGGGCCACUUGGCCUUGGUGUCGCCGCUGACGGAGACGCAGCGCAGCAAGGUCGCGCUGCUCUUCCAGGAGUACGACAAGGAUGGCUCUAG